AUAGCUUCUUACAUUUGCGCUGUCAUCGUUAUCAUGAUAUUGUUAUUAUAAUGUACAUUAUUCAUUUCUCUUCACCAUAAUAGAUACUCAUCGAGUGGUCCACAUCAUCGCGUAUCUGGUCACUUUGCUCUCGGGCAACAUGCUGUUGAGAGAUUAAAUCAAACAACAUUGAAUACUAAUGAAGUUUUCAAUCAAUUGUCUGAGAAAAAUUUAAAUCAAAGGCCUCAAGAGCAAGCCGAAGCAUCAUAUGCACAAGCACAAAUUGCUUUUGACACAAAAGUGCUACCAACUCAUGCUCCAACAGUCGAUAACAGACAUUAUGGGGCAAAUGUCAAUACAAAACUUUAUCCUUUACAGCAACACGAGCAAAUUCAAUUUAUUCCACCAACUAAUCCGAAUAUGCUCUUCCAUCAUGCUCCACCUCCACAGUUUCAUAAACAUGAGAAGCAUCCAGUACCAUUGAUUUAUCAUCAACAGCAGCAAAUUCCAUUUGUCUAUGAAUAUGCUCAACAGAAUGCACCACAACUCAAUUAUUUCUAUCAACAGCAAAAACCACAUGAAGUGAUUUAUCAUCAACAACCGAUGGUGUCGAUGGCUGGAAUGGAAUCACAACAACCAAUUAUGUCCAUUUUUCCAACAGCUUUACCAACACCGGCAGUCGCAUCAAGCAGUGAAAAUAUUAAUUUUGUUGAAAACGGAAUUAAAAAUCUUGAUGAAAUUACACCGACAUUAAGUGGAAAUUUAUUGCAAGUUCAAACCACACCGGGAGAUGUAGCAACGAAUAACCAAGAAAAUGCAAAAAUUAGAGACGAUGCACAGAAAGCCGAAGAAGCGCAAUUUGAAGCACCAAUUGUUGUUGGUGAAGAACAAGACGACACAAUAAUUGUAAAGCAGAAAUCCAAGCAAUUGAAGUUGUUUGAAAAUUAUCAGCCACAGAAGCAGAUUAAUGUUCAAAUUUUAGAAAAUGAAAAAGUUGAAUCAAGCACGCCAAAGGUUAUUAAUGGACACACGAUUAGCAAUAAUUAUCAGUAUUUAGUAGAAGAUAAAGACCAAGAUUUCUUAGGCUCAACAUCAUCAACAUUAAAGGAAGCGCCAAGUCGUCAAUUUUUAAGAAACUUUAAGAAAUAUCAUUCUGAGGAGCACUCAACUACCUCGCAAUCAUAUUCAACGACAACAGCACGCACAAUAAUUGAGUCAUCAAGUGAUGAUUGCUGCAAAAAUGGAAAUAAUUGCUGUAAAAGCAAGGAAGUGCCAAUUACACCACGUCCAAUUCCAAAUGCUAUUCUUGCGCCAGUACAUGCUGGCGUGCGAUUAACAAACGAGAACUUGGAUGAUUGCAUUGAUGGACAUGGAGCAGAUAAGAAAACGAUUGUGGAAGUCAGGAAAAAUGUACAAAUUAUUACUUCAAGAAAGCCUGCAUAUGGAGAUCGUAUUUUUGUCACAACGCCUACACCCAUUGUUACUCAGCCAAUUUUUAUUCAAAAACCUCAACCACCAGUUGUUAAUCAGCCAAUAUUCACUGAGAAGAUUCAGCCUACACUUGCUACUCAGCCUAUUAUUAUUAAAAACACUUAUGCUCCUGCUGUUACUAAACCAGUUUUCAUUGAGAAGAUUCGUCCACAAAUUGUAACUCAGUCAGUCAUUGUUGAAAAAGUUCGUCCACAAAUUGUUCCACAGCCUGUGAUUAUUGAAAAGACUCAGCCGCCUGCAGUGUUCCAUCAGCCAAUUGUUGUCGAAAAAGAAGUAGUCAAAGAAGUUCCAGUGGAUCGACCAGUUUAUAUUCAAUCACCUCCAGAAACCAAAAUCGUUGAUCGUCCAGUCUUCAUAAAAAGCCCACCCGAAUAUGUUGAAAAAGUUGUGCAUCAGCCAGUUGUAAAAACAGUAGAGAAGCCAAUAUUUGUAGAAAAAAUUGUAAAGCAGCCUGUGGAAGUAGAGAAGAUUGUUGAUCGUCCAGUGUACAUUAAAUCACCUCCAGAGACCAAAUAUGUACAUCAGCCAGUUAUUUAUGAAAAGCAAGUCAUUAAAGAAGUUAAAGUUCCAGUUGAAAAGACAGUUUAUGUGAAAUCACCACCAGAAACUAAAAUUGUACAUCAGCCAGUGAUUCAGACUGUCGAAAAGCCAGUGUACAUUGAGAAGAUUGUUAAAGAACCUUAUGAAGUUGAAAGGAUUGUUGAAAAAUUCAUAGAUCGUCCAGUGGAGAAGAUUGUCGAGAAACCAGUCAUUCAUACAGUAGAGAAAAUUGUGGAUAGACCUGUCAUUCAGACAGUUGAAAAGCCAGUAUAUAUUGAGAAAAUCGUUGACCGUCCAGUUGAGAAAAUUAUUGAAAAGCCUUUCUUUCAAACAGUUGAGAAGAUCGUAGAAAAACCAGUGAUUCAAACGGUGGAGAAAUUUAUUGACCGUCCAUAUCCAGUUCCAUAUGCUGUACCAUACGAAAAGCAUAUCUAUCAUAAACCGGAUUUCCAUGUGAUUGCAAAAACUAUUCCGAAUAAGCAUAAACUUUUCGAUUUUGAAUCUUUAUUUAGAUUUCUCACGAAGAAAGAGGAAGUGAAGCACAUUUACGUGCCAGCAAGUCCACAAUAUCAAUUAAAUCAACUUAAUAAACAUCAAUUAGUUGCCUCAACAUAUACGACGAUUGAACCAAUUAAGGAAUCGCCAGUUUUAGAUUAUAGUCGUUAUGCAACAUCACAUCUCAAUCCUAUCAAGCCUGUUUAUGGUGUUCCGGCUUUAAGCACGGUAUUGAAUCCAAUCAGUAGCUCUUACAGCAGUCCAGAUCCCUAUGCCGGAAGUUACACAGCAUACAACUCGCAUCAAGGUGUUGCAACAAUUCCAUCAUCAUGGUUGACAGAUAGUUUAACCUCUCAGUCACAAACCACGACAAUCCAUAAAGACAAUUAUGUUGGUCCAACACCGAAUAAUGAAGACUAUUGGGCAGUAAAUGUUUCGACAAAAGAUGGAAUUAAAUUCCGAAGAAAUGUUGAGAAUGGAAGAAGUUUAAGAAUUGAAUAUGGUGGUUUCUAUCCAAAACUUAAUCCAUCCGUUGAAAUAGAUCAAAAUGGAACGCCGAUAAAGAAAGAAGCUGAGACGUAAAUUAAGUACUUAUUAUUACAAAUCUGUAGACUGUUUAUCUUAUUUAUUACUUCUUUCUGAAUGAUUUAUUUGUAUUUUUAAGUCUGUGCCAUUUGUUGACUUUGUUAUUGCAUCUAAAUGUAAAGAUUUGAUGCUAAAUAUGGUUAU